CAAGUGGGGAAAGUUUUGUCAUAGAGUCAUUCCCUCCAAGCAAAAUGAGUGUGAACAUCCCAGGCAUUGUGGUGAUGGUGCUCUUCUACCUGCUGGUGCUGUGUACUGGCAUCUGGGCUUCGAGGAAGACCAAACAGAUGCCUAAGAACGGACAGGCAAAUCAGAUGGACAUCACACUGCUGGCAAAUAGAAGCAUUCAUCUGAUGGUGGGAGUCUUCACCAUGACAGGUACGUUCAUUGGAGGAGGCUUCAUUGUUGGACUCAGUGAGAUCAUUUACACUCCAGACUUGGGCCUGGCCUGGGCUGUCAUGCCAAUUACAAUCAGUUUGUCUUUUCUGAUCGGGGGACUUUUCUUUGCCAAAACAAUGAGAGACAAAAAGUAUGUGACAAUGAUGGACCCAUUCCGAGAAAAAUAUGGAACAGUAAUCAGUGGAGUUUUGUCUGUGGCACUGAUCAUGGCUGAUGUAGUCUGGGUGCCAGGAACUCUCACUGGCUUGGGUGCAUCAAUGAGCGUGAUCCUGGAUUUGUCAUACACACAUUGUAUUUGGAUUUCGGCUGCAGUGGCCAUCAUCUACACACUGCUGGGGGGACUCAUUUCUGUAGCCUACACAGACAUCGUUCAGCUGACGCUAAUGUUCUUUGGUCUGUGGAUCUGCGUCCCUUUCCUGCUGAGGAACCCCUACUCGGCAGACAUCACUACGACUGCUUUAAACUUCACCUACCAGGCUCCCUGGGUUAGUUCUGUUGACUCAGACAGAAUGUGGAGGUGGAUUGAUCAAACUUUAUUGUUGAUUUUGGGAAACUUGGCCUGUCAAGACUACCACCAGAGGAUCCUGUCAGCCUCUUCCUCAGCCACGGCCAGGAUGGUCGGCUUCAUUGCCGCUCCCAUUGUCAUCAUCUUUGCAAUCCCAGCUGUCUUGAUUGGAGCAGUUGCAGUAUCGACAGACUGGAAUAAGACGGGAUAUGGCUCCCCAUCUCCAUUUGAACGCGGAGAGACCAGUCUGAUCAUGCCCAUUGCUUUGCAGCACCUCACCCCAAAUUACAUAUCCAUUAUUGGUAUUUCUGCAACAACUGCUGCAGUGAUGUCAUCAAUGGACUCACUUCUAUUGUCAGCAGUCUCUCUCUUUGUGACCAACAUUUAUAAGAGUAUCUUAAGAAUGAAGGCAUCAGAUCAUGAAAUAAAGUGGGUGAUCAGGAUUACUGUGCUGUUGACCGGCCUCACCGGCACAUCCCUCUUUUUGUGUACGACAUAUUCAUAUAGCUACCAUUGUUUUGUAAAUUAA